AGAGGCUGAUCGGGGAGAGGUGGGGGUGGGCGGGGCGGGCGCGGGCCAGAGACAGAGAUACUCUGUGUGCUAGUGGACCUCUGCCCUCGGCCGCCUGUGGAUGGGACAGUGCGACUCCAGCUUCUCCCUGCUACUCGCGCUGUGGAAGGUGGUGGCCCUGGUGGUCCCCCGCCCCUGCUGUUCCCCGCGCCCGGACCCCUGCAGCACCAGCCCCUCCAGCCCCUACUACCACACCUGAGCGCCGCGUCGUGCCCUGCCCGCACGAGGAGCUGCAGUGGAGACUGCCAGGGAGGGCGGCGGGAGGCGGGGCGGGCGUCCAGCUGGUGAGGAUGGGCGCGGGUUGCCUGCUGCUGCCCUUCCUCACCACGGCCCCGUGGGGCGCCGCCCACCCCGCGUCCCCGCACACCUGAGUGCUCUGCAGGAGCCCCCAGCGUGCGGGCGACGGGGCGGGGGCAGCGUGUGAGACAGCCGUAGCGCAUGACGCUUACCCCAGCGCUCCGCCACCGCCAGUCAUCGCUCACGGACGUUAACUGCAGCGUCAGGAGCGUCAGGAGACAGUGAGAGGAGCAUGGCGGGCGGCGAAGUCAAGAAAACGGUGGUGCCCAAUGGCGGGCGGGAGGCGCGGGCUGUCAAGGUGGGCGAAGGCGAGGACCGCGAGACGUGGGGAAAGAAGGUGGACUUCCUUCUGUCGGUGAUUGGGUUCGCCGUGGACCUCGCCAACGUGUGGAGGUUCCCUUACCUCUGCUACAAGAACGGCGGAGGCGCCUUCCUCGUGCCGUACUGUGUGAUGCUGGUCCUCGGCGGCAUCCCCCUCUUCUUCAUGGAGCUCGCCCUUGGUCAGUACAAUCGCAAGGGCGCCAUUACCUGCUGGGGCCGACUCGUGCCUCUCUUCAAAGGCGUCGGGUUCCAAGUGGUCUGCAUUGCUUUCUACGUCGACUUCUUCUACAAUGUUAUUCUUGCUUGGAGUCUCCGGUUCUUCUUCGCCUCCUUCACCACGGCCCUUCCCUGGACGAACUGCGGUAACGAAUGGAAUACUCCCAACUGUAGAGAGAUUGGAAGCCAGGUGACGGUAGCAGAAACGUGGACCAACAUCACUCCAUCUACCUCCUCUUCCUCUUCCAUCUUCUUCCAUGACAACACCACCAACACCACCGCCUCCUUGGACAGCAUGGAGAUGGCUCUCACUCCCAACAAGACCACUUCGCCCGCUGAGGAGUACUGGACACGUGUGGUGCUGCAGAGUCAAGAAAGUGGCGGGCUUUCCGAUCUGGGCAUCAUUAAGUGGGACCUGGCUCUGUGUCUCCUCGCUGUGUACGUCAUCUGUUACUUCUCGCUAUGGAAGGGCAUCUCCACCUCUGGCAAGGUGGUGUGGUUCACGGCGGUGUUCCCCUACGUGGUUCUGUUCAUCCUGCUUAUCAGAGGCGUGACAUUGCCGGGCGCUGCCGAGGGAAUACGCUACUACCUCAAACCUGACUUCUCCAAGAUCUGGGUGGCUGAGGUGUGGGUGGACGCCGCUACGCAGAUCUUCUUCAGUCUGGGCCCAGGGUUCGGUGUUCUCCUCGCCUUCGCCUCCUACAACAAGUUCCACAACAACGUGUACAAAGACGCCAUGGCCACGAGUCUCAUCAACUGCUGCACGAGUUUUGUCUCCGGCUUCGUGAUCUUCUCAGUGCUGGGGUACAUGAGCAACAAGAGCGGCAAGCCCAUCAACGAGGUGGUAGAGGAAGGGCCGGGCCUGGUGUUCGUGGUGUACCCUGAAGCCAUCGCCACCAUGCCAGGCUCCACCUUCUGGGCCAUUAUCUUCUUCAUGAUGCUCCUCACUCUCGGCCUUGACUCCUCGUUCGGCGGGUCGGAAGCGGUGAUCACGGCUCUAAGCGACGAGUUCCCGAUCAUCGGCAGGAACCGCAAGACUUUCGUGGCCAUUCUCUUCUCCGUGGACUUCUUCGUGGGGCUGGCGUGCUGCACCCAGGGCGGCUUCUACGUGUUCACCGUGCUGGACAGAUACGCCGCCGGUUACUCCAUCCUGUUUGCCGUGUUCUGCGAGGCCAUAGCGGUGUCCUGGAUCUACGGCAUCGACCGGCUGAGAGAUGAUAUUCGGGAGAUGAUUGGCUUCGCUCCGGGUGUCUAUUGGAGAACCUGCCUCAAGUUCUUCGCUCCGGCAUUCAUUGGGGUGAUUAUCGUGUACGGCCUGAUCGCCUACAAGCCACUAUCCGCUGACGACCCAGAGAAGUACCCGUGGUGGACUGACCUGAUUGGCUGGGGCAUGGCCGGCUCCUCCAUGAUCAUGAUUCCCUUCGUCGCCAUAUACAAGAUCAUCAAAGUCCCUGGACCCGCCUCCUUCUCUCAGCGCAUCAAGACGCUGACGACGCCGUGGAGGGACCAGCAGGUGUCUGUGGGUAAUGGCGUCAGGUCGGAGGCAAACCAGAUUAUGCUAAACUCAGACACGCCGGCCCCUGACCAAGUGUAGGGCGGCUCACACACAACACAACACACACACACACACACACACACACACACACACACACACACACACACACACACACCUGUCCUCUCGUCCUGUGUCUACCUCGACGAAACAACCCAUAACACACGUACACAGCACUAAACUCUCCCUUAAGUUUAGGACACCACACACCACACCCUUGCCCCCAAUACCAUUUACACCACACCCUUGAUGGCGAGCAAUGUCCCAUCAGGCUAUACACACACCUGCUGGCCACACCUGCUCGCCCACACCUGGUCGUUGCACCCUACCCUCUCAUCACCCACCAUAUCAAACCUGGAAAGCGUGUGUGUGUGUGUGCCGUCAGCGCUCAGCAGCCACCAGGAUCAGCAGCAGAGCAUAAGCAGCAACACCUCGAAGGUUUUCACAGCAGAGUUCUACUAAUACCACCUUGAGUCGUGCCCCUGUCGCCACUUUAGGACUAACCAGUGGGAUUGAAGUUUGAUUGGGUUCCUGUAAGGUGUUAUGACGCGCGGGAUGAAGGAUAAUUUUCUGUAUAGCCCUUGCGAGUGGAUUCUCAAGUCAUAGGACACGUUUAUAUGUGGGUUUUGUGUCACUCUAGUUAGCUCUAUCCCGGUAACAGUGUAAUUGGUAGCGUAGAGGGUGUAGCUAUAACCUUCCUCCCCUGUGUGAUGUGUAGUGUGUAGUCAAGUGUAGUUGUUCUUGCUCUCAUAGUUCUUUCCUUUGACUAAUAUCGUAACGCAAGUAUCCGUUCCGACUGUGUGGAAAUGAAAGCACUGGAUUCGUGGUGGGUUUUGUAGAAUUCGCUGUGGUGUUUGUGGGACGCUUUGAAGAGGCAACGAAGCAAAUAUCACAUCUUAAAAGGAGAAAAAAGGAAUGACUGAAAAAAAAUACCGCCGGAUUUAGGUUUUUUUCAUAAUUUCGCUCUGGUGUUUGUGGGACAUUUGAAAAGAAGCAACGAAGCAAAUAUCACUUAAAGGGAAAAAAAGAGAUAUGACUGAAAAAACGCCGGAUUUAGUUUUUUUUUCAUAAUUUUGCUCUGGUGUUUGUGGGACAUUUGAAAAGAAACAACGAAGCAAAUUUUAUCACCUAGAGAAGAGAGAUGAUUAGUUCCGUACAUCAUCAAGUAAGUCUGCUGAAUGAAGCUUUCUAUGCCGUACAGUAAGGUUCGGUAAGGGAGCGAAUUAGCGCCCACGUGACUGGUCGUGACAAGAAGAGGAAUUAGAAGCAAGUGACUGAAAUGAGAGAGUGGCAGGGAUGUGAGGAUAACGUUUGUCAGUGUUGCGUUUGGAGAAUCACGUGUCAGGGUGUUGUGUUGGGAGCCUCCACGGUGGGAAGGCAAAAGACAGCAAGGGGAGGUGCAUUCAAGGGUAUAUAAUGUGAGAAAGGAAGAAAAAUAGCAAACAGUUAGGGAAAUUAUUGGUCAUUCCCUACAAUUUAAUUUCUUGUUUUUUUUUUUUUUUACUGUUUUUUUUUAUGGCUAGAGCGAUGUGAUUUUUUUCCUUCGCGUUAUUUUAUACUAUAGUUUUCUUAAAUAUUUUUCGUUUUUUUUUAUUUUGUUUAGUUUUUAUCUAAUAUGUUCGUUCAAUGCGCUUGUAAUUUAUUCAUUCUUUCCGGGCCGUCGUGAAUGAAAUGCACGUGAAUUGCUACACGUGAGCUGCUCGCCUCAGUGUGCGCGACCCAGGGAAAGACACUCUAUAGUAACUCCAUUGUAGCUUCUAGUCUGUGUGUUAGUGCGUCAGUGAAAGACAAAAAAAAAAAAAAAAAAAGUCGUUGAUUAAUGAAGUCAUUGAUUAGUAAUGUUCCCAGGUCUGACUAGUGGUGUGUAUUCGCGUAAGUAAUGCCGUAAAGUAGCGUAGUCUUGGUGUUAGGAUAUUAAGCAGCUCAGUAGUUUGAAAGCGAUACUCUGCCAGUGUUCCUGUCGCCGCCGUGAGAAGAAGGAAAAUCAUGCAAUUGUUUCUUCCCUCAUAAAGUUGGUUACUGUUUUGUGCAAGCCGCUACGUGUCAGUCGCUUUAUUUAUCCAGUACCUUCGAAGUUCUCUUAAUAUAACAAAACAAACAGUGACAUAAAGCUAAUGAAAUAUCGCGAUUUGCUUUACAGUAAGACAAGAAGGCGGUGGCAAACGACGCUCAGAGACGCAAAGAGUUCACGUGUUUUUCCUUGCAAUUAGUCGUAAAAGCUUAGCGAUUCUCCAGGAGCGAACACACGAGUAUUGCGACAGUGGUAGGUGUUCGUGCAUCACCAGUACUGCUCGGUGUCGUGUCGUAGGACCUUCAAGUGUAACCCAGACGUAGUGUUAGAACUAAAUAUUAAUCACAUAUACAACUCUAGGUUAUCAUACAGGUGUCCAUACAUAUUUAUACGAGAUCUUGUAUUUUUUCACGGUUUGGCUCACUCUCUGCCUGAUGGCGUAGCUGUAGCGUGUACCGUAGCGUGCGUGGCUAGCGUGUUGUGGUGUAUUUAUUAAUCUGUACCUGUAUAUAGCGUUAGGAGAUAAGAAGUAGUGUUGUUCAAGUGUUAGCAUUAAGAGCAGAGUCGCAAGGGUGAGGUGAGGUGGAGGUGCAGAGGUGAGCAGCAGGAUGGGAAGGAUUGAGAAAGGAAGGUCGUGCUGUCCUGCUAGAAGACGCCCACCUAUGCUUAAAGACUGUGCAGGCCGGUCCCGUGCAGUCUGGCUAUUGUUAUUGUUAUUAUUAUUAUUAUUAUUAUUAUUAUUAUUAUUAUUAUUAUUAUUAUUAUUAUUAUUAUUACUAUAAGAACGACGGCCGGUAUCGCUGCUACUAUUUUUGUCUAUUUCUAUUCGUCAUCUUUACUACUACUACUACUACUACUACUACUACUACUACUGCUACUGCUACUGCUACUACUACUACUACUUUUACUACUACUACUACUACUACACUACCUCAAAUAUCGUAAAGCAGCAAGUAAUUCUCGAGGGUAAAUAAACAGGCCAUUCUCGCUGCAGGAACAGGACCACAAGUUUCGUGGCGUCCUCACCUUACACACUUGAGAGAUCAUCGCGCCGCUGUUCGUGUAUCUUAAUUUCCUUAGUUUAUUCACAGACCUCAGUUAUUUUUCGUAAGGGAACGCUGGUGUUCGUGGAGUGCGCGUGAAUGAGGAAGAGGUAGAGUUGCCCUGGUUCUCGUGAAAUGAGGUGCGUCGCGGCGCUGGUGUGUGUACAGGCUGCGUCCUGGGGCUGCGUGGGGGACUGGUGGUCACCAGGACACGCGGCCACGUCCUUGAAUCACACGGCUCACCAAGACCACCCCGGGUCCGCCUGAGUGCCCCCGGGGGUCUUACCAAACGGAAUCCAAGUGCUUGCCUAAGUGUUGGCGGACGUUAAACAGUGCUUAUAAAUGUCGGAAGCGUGUAAAGUAGUAGGUAGUAGAAGUUGUGUAAGAAUCCAUACGAGUAUAUCAGCGAUUCUACGUGUCUUGUACAUGUACAGUGUGGUUCCCCGCUUCCGUUCCUCCGUCGGCGUCCGCAGCUCACGAAGGAUUUUUAUCAGUUGUGGAAGCGUCGCGUGAUGGCGCCGCGCUGUUUGUGUUGUUAGCUUAGCCUCAUGUUGGAGUCAGCGUGGUGUGGUGUUGCUCCUCGCCACCUGUCAGGCUGGCGGGGCAGUGGACAACCCGCGCAGGUGUCUCAGGGCGCGCCAGCCAGCCAGUGGCGCGGCCCAGGGUGCUCCGAGAAAACUGUUCGUUGUUUAAGUGUGUGUGUGUGUGUGUGUGUGUGUGUGUGUGUGUGUGUGUGUGUGUGUGUGUGUGUGUGUCAGUGAGUGAGUGAGUGAGUGAGGUUGUUUGAAAUUAUAUACAAUGUUCUACAGUUGUUCUCGUUGACAGAUCUUGUUUUUUUGGAGAUAUAUAGCGUUCUGGGAGUCAUUUUUCGUGGUGAGGGAGGAGAGGUGGUGGUGGUGCUGGUGGUGGUGUUGAUAUUUGAGGUGGUGCAGCCUUGAGAAUGUGUGCACCACCAUCACCACCGCCGCUGCCGCCGCCACAACCUCCUGCCCUCACCCCGGAGAGCCACCCCGGACUCGGCCAUGCUAGCGUGUUAGUCCACUAGGUUUAGCUUCAACUGGUACAAACAAAGCCUUGAUCAGUAGGCCCUCGCCGCCUUAGCGCAGCGGAGGCCUAGCAGCAGCCAUAUCGAAGGGGUUUGUUACGUGCCACGCCACCACGACGCCACGCCGCCCACGCCCUCUGCUGAAAGCCUCCGUCGCAGCCACGAUCUCAAGGGAAACAAAAUAUAAAUACCCAUUGUAAUUCUGAACAGUUAGAUAUGGUUGACAUUCACCAUGGCUGCCACCGUGCCCCCAUGUCUGAUGGUGUAGGGCGUACCUGAGGGCGGCACGGGAUGGCCUGGGCGCUUCCGGAGGGUGCGGGAGCCUGGCGCCGUGGUGGUGUUCCUUGAUGUUGUGUGGAGGCGAGUGGGAGGCGCCGCUGGCCAGGCCCUCGCCGCCCCUGCGUCAAGCGGGCCAGGCCUCCUCCCUCCUGCUGGAUUAUAGGUAGUGUGAGUGUGUGUUCGCGUGUGCGUGUGAGUGUCAGAAAACGUCUAUGCGCAUCUUUCCCUUCUGUCUUAGGAAUUAACUAAUAUUUGAGCUUAAAACUGUUUACGGAAAUCCAGUUUUUAUCGUAUUUCCUCCAAACACACUAAUCUUCACGCUAUCUUACUCCGAACUGAACACUUUAUCAAUGCAAUUCUCUUUCCUGCAUCUUGAAUCUAAAUGAAACCUAUUAGCCGUCUUGACUGUCACUCUUCGUCGAUACAUUCCUUUCACCUUCCUUCUGUUCCUGAAACAAAGCCAAAUCAAAGUCCGUAAUCAACUUCUGAGCUUAGGAAGACUCAUCGACACUUUACUGUAGUGCCCCACAUUGACCACAUCGAGGGCGUGCGUGCCAUACAUUCCUCCCUGCUGUACCCGGAGUAUAAGGUCGAAAAGAGCAUAUCCUCACCAUGGGGUUAGUGUAAGUCAAUAUACAAGAGAAACACGGAUUCUGUAACUCUUAGUGUCUCAUUGUUUCCAAGCCUCGUCUCCUCUUCCUAUCCUCCCCUUCCCCCGUUCUCCCCUACCCCUUCUAUCUCCCUUUUCCCUCUCCCCCCUCCCCCCUCUCCCCCAACAGUACGUGUCAAGAGGCAUCACUGUCCUGUCAGUUCACAUCCGUUUCGUGCUUGUCCGUCAAAUAAACCUCACAUUACUA